AAUAAAAUCCUGGAUUAAAAAAAUAUUAAAAAAAAAUCGUGAGCAGUAACCCGGGAAAACAUUGAAAAAGGUCCAUCGUUGAAGCGGUUAGAGUAAUUCUGAAUCCAUGUCUACCUCCUCUUCCGUUUGUUGUCAUUUUCCUUCUUCUCCUUUCUCUUGCUCUUCUUCUUCUUCGUCCUCUUCUCCUAUUUAUUUAUGAACACAACUCUUUACCCUGUUUCUUUUCUCUUUGUUCGACGAAAAUAUCAGAGACCCAUCAGCCCCAUUUCUCUGGUUAUGUGAUCUUUGAAUAUGAAGGAGAAAGUAGACACGUGCUCUCCGGUUGGAGUUCUGGAAGAUUUCUUCAAAAGUUCAGACUCUGAAACAGGCUCUUCAAAAGAGCCUAAUACGGACUCUGAAGCUCAAAAAAAUCCUAAACAAGGUUCUCGAUGGCUUGGAUUCGCCCAUCUAUGGAGAAGUAAAUCCAAGAAACCUCCAGAAACAAUGAAUUCUAGCAGCGUCUUCAAGCUUUCUAGAAGAUUCGGCAGUUUGCGGGAGAUUAUAGCGCCAAAAUUUGGCUUGGAUGCUGAUUUGUACAAUAUCAAUUCACCAUGGAAGAACUUUAACUUGUUAGAGCUCCAGGCAGCAACCAACUAUUUCAGCCAAGAUAAUCUGAUUGGAAAAGGAGGUUAUGCUGAAGUUUACAGAGGCAGUUUGCCAAAUGGGCAACUGGUGGCAGUCAAGCGGCUUACUAGAGGAACGCCGGACGAGAUGACUACGGAUUUCUUGUCCGAAAUUGGGAUAAUGGCUCAUGUAAAUCAUCCUAACACAGCUAAGUUGAUUGGCUAUGGUGUUGAAGGAGGGACGCACCUAGUUCUCGAAUUGUCACCACAAGGGAGCUUAGCUUCUCUACUCUAUGGUUCAAAGGAGAAGCUGAAAUGGGGCAUUAGGUAUAAAAUUGCAACAGGAGCAGCUAGGGGUUUAUUAUACCUUCAUGAGGGUUGCCAAAGGAGAAUUAUCCACAGAGAUAUUAAAGCUGCAAACAUUUUGCUUACAGAGGAUUUUGAACCUCAGAUCUGUGAUUUUGGUCUUGCAAAAUGGCUGCCAGAACAAUGGACUCACCACACUGUAGCAAAAUUUGAAGGCACAUUUGGCUAUCUUGCUCCUGAGUACUUGCUUCAUGGGAUAGUAGAUGAAAAAACAGAUGUUUUUGCCUUUGGGGUGCUACUAUUGGAAUUAGUCACAGGACGCCGAGCUCUAGAUUACUCACAGCAAAGCCUUGUUUUGUGGGCAAAACCUUUGCUGAAGAAGAAUAAUGUAAAAGAGCUAGUUGAUCCCUCUCUUGGUGAUGACUACAACAACCGGCAGCUCAAUCUCAUGCUCUUGGCUGCUUCCUUAUGCAUACAACAAUCCUCAAUUCGGCGGCCGAGUAUGAGUCAGGUUGUAGACCUUUUGCGUGGUGACUUCAGCUGCUUGAAGUACAUGAAGAAAAGUCGAAUGCCAUUUUUCCGCAAGGCAUUCUGUGAGGAUCUUAUCAAUGGUGAGGCUAAAUUCCAACCAGAGACUUGAUUUGGUCUCAAUUUAUCAGAAUGACAUUAUGAAACAUGUAAUUGGGGGCUAUGUCCCCUUUCAGUUCGAAAGUGUCUCCAAAACAUGUGUACAUAUACAGAGCAUUAAAAGAGCAGCAGAAGGCAGUGCUUUUUCAAACCUUGUACAUAAAACAAGUCUACCUAGGAGACCAAAGGUAAGAAAGAAUACAAUGUCGGAGAAAGUUUUUACUGCAAGAAUUCUAUGUAAAAGCUUAGGCCAAUAUAUACAUACAUAUAUAUAUAUAUAUAUAUCUAUGUAAUAGAUUGAGCCCAUUUGGGCUCCUUUCUUUCGAGGUAGAGAAAUUUUUUUGCAUAAAGCAAGCUACUUGAGUUUCUCUUCUUUCAUCAUUUAUGUCAAAAUAGAUAGUUUUGGAAACAUAGAAUAGGGUUAGAUUCUUA